UUUUAAAUAUAGUUAAAUUUGUCCCCCUAUAUAUAUUUUUAAUUUUUGAGUAAAAUUCAAAAUUAUCCCGUUAAAUUUUCUGUCCCGGAGUAGACCUCUGGCUAUCCAGAACUCGACCCCGGGACAGACAUGCUUGAAACCUUCGUGGUAUGGAAGCAUGUGAAUAAAUAAAAUGAAUGAAUGAAUGAAUCUGGCUUGAAACUGUAACACCAAGGGAGACAAUACGUAUGAACUCUUUAACAGGGAAAAAACAAAACACCCCUCUAAUUCGAACUUUCGUUUUUGCAAGCAGAGAAAUGAAAUGUUAGAAUAACUAUUUGAAUGUAACGAACGCAAUGGAAAAUUUAAAAUCAUUAUGGCGGAGUGGUUUAAUGAAAUGUCUGCAGAAGUCUGUCCGAUUAGCAUCCAGGCUGUCAUCAGCAAGACAGACGGACAUUCUGGACACCCUGUACAGUCCAGAAGAGAAAGACCGGAUCAUAGACUGUUUCAAUAGAUGCUCUGUGCAGGAACUUCGUGUGAGCAAGCAGCUCAACCUGGCAAAAGCCUCAUCCAUUGUGAAAUAUCGCGAAGAGCACGGAGACUUUGAGUCUUUGUCUGCUAUUGUUAAAGUACCAGGGCUUGGGGUGCUGGGACUGCAGAAAGUGUGUGACUUCUUCAAAAACUUCAGUUACGAGACCGUGCACAAGUUAAACCUAAGUACUGAUCAUGGUUCAGUGAAGUCGAAUCCACCAAUUACGAAAAUAGUGAGAGAGAACAUGAAGAGUCUGGUUGCCAUGGAUGUACAGUGUGAUCGUGUCUGCUGGACAUGGAUGGACAGAGAUCUCCACGUUCUUGACUGGAGCCAUUCCUCAGUUUUUGAUAAACAUUUUCAAAAAUAUGAUCAUGUCACCUAUCUGGAAAAGAUACAUGAGACAAUGAACACUCUCCCAGAAGCAGAUAUCUACGUGAUGGAAAGCAAAAUUCUUCAUUUACCAAAUCUCCGUGUGGCUCCAUUCAUCAUGAGUCUAAAACUGACGGAAGCCAUUCUUUGUGUCCUACUCAACAAAGACUUCGUGACCACACAGACACACAAAGUCUACACGACGCCGUCUAGAACUGUGAGCAGGUUCUUUGGCCUGUCUAUGGGUGGAGAGAGAGUCAGUGGGCAGCACAUCGUAAGAGAUAUCGUCAACAACAGUUCCGAGAUCGUCAAAGACGUCCAGCUGCCACAGACAUGCUGGGAUACAUACCGGCAGCUGAAGGCUGUGGAUCAGGAGAACUACGCCAACAGUCUGCUGUUGGGAAUCGCUUUUUAUAAACUUCUCAUUUUACGGACACAUUACGAGACGGGAGAAAAAUGUGUAGAAUGAGUCCAGUUGUGCUUUAAAUUAUAAUAUAUAUAGUUGUGCUUUAAAUUAUAAUAUAUAGUUAUCUUAA